UACGAAUUUGUCUCAGUGUGGUGUUCGGCCUGUGAACAUAUCUCUACACAUACAAAUUAAUUAUGGAUUGAUAUUUGAAAGUAAAUUAUAUUAAAAAUCCUUUAUUUUUUGCAGACAUGGGGAUUAACUUUUUCCUGGUGUGUGUUGCCAUUCUAAAGGCAGCUGUCAGUGGUUGCCCAAUAGGAAAGGAGUUCAUCACUGCCUUCAUGCCUAAUCAUAACGGAAAUGAUGGGGAAGCUCAACCCAGACUCACCAUCACAGCCCAGGAGUCCUCAGCUACAGUUACAGUCGAAAUCAAGGGGCUCAAUUUUAAACAAUCACUAACUAUAGAGAAAGGCUCUACCAACUAUGUCACCCUCCCAAGCAAAGCUGAGAUUUAUGAAGAUGGAGUCUCAGCCAAAACAGUGCUGAUUACUUCUAAUACAGACAUCUCAGUGGUAUCCUCUCACAUUAAGCCAUAUACUGGAGACAGCAGUGUGAUCUUCCCCAGUCACCAACUAGGCAAGAAACAUGUAGCCUUCACUCCAGAUGCUGGUCCCUUAAAUAAGAUUGUGGCUAUCAUCAAUGGCAAGGAAGACAACACAAUUAGUAUUCUACCAUAUUCAAACCUAAAGCUUAAAAGCGAUAUACACUUGAAGCAAGGAUUAAAGAUGGAUAUUAGAUUAGGUCCUUAUCAGGUUUAUCUGCUUCGGAGUGAGAAGACCUUAACAGGAACUAUGAUUGAGUCUCAGCUCCCUGUAGCCGUCCUGGCAGGACACGAAUGCCUCAGCCUUGUUGACACAUGUGAGCAUGUCUAUGAACAGCUAGUGCCAAUAGAGUUGCUCUCUGAUGAGUACCUCAUCCCUCCCAUGCACCCUUUGCUUAUUGGCCAGGACACAGCGCAUGUUGUUGCAACUGAGGAUAAUACUGAUGUGACGAUUUAUUAUGGUCCACUGCCUCAGCGUAAGUCAUUACGUUCUGGAGAGCUUCUGAAUGUUGUAAUUAACUUGCCAACAGUAAUCCAAAGCAAUAAAAAGAUCAUGGUUAUGUACUCCAGUACCAACAUCCCAAAUGAUGAGUUCUUGACGAACAUAAUUCCUGUGUCACAAAUGUCCAAUACAUGGACUGUUUAUGCACAAGACGAUUACCAGAAUUUUGCAGUUGUUGUCUCAGAGACGAAGGCCAGUAAUUCUCUUCUUAAUUUUUUUAAUUGGAAUGUUUUUCCUGCAAACAAGAAGUAUUCAUGGGCCAUUACAUCACUUGGUAACCAAAAAGGCCCUAUAACCAUGUCCAAGGAUUUACCACAGGCUGUCUAUGUUUAUGGUGGGAAAGUAAGACAUGGCUAUGCCACAACAGGAGUGUGCAAUGCUCCUUCUCUUCCACCACCUCCGAAAGAUCCCUGCGAAUCUGUUAAAUGUCGUUGGAGAGAGGAGUGCAGGAAAGGUGUCUGUGUCCAUGUUGACACCGCAACAUGUUGGGCUCUUGGUGAUCCCCACUACAAAAGCUUCGAUGAGAAGAGAUUUGAUUUCCAGGGCACCUGCACCUACACUAUGGCCACUACUGUAAAAACGGAGACUGGCCGUGUUCCCUUCACAAUUUUGGCGAAGAAUAAUCACAGAGGGAGUAAUUUGGUGGCCUAUGUCAGGACAGUAUCAGUCAAUGUGUACAAUUAUACAAUAGUUGCCAGCAAGCAAGUGGGUGUAGUUGAGGUGAAUGGUGAAAUCACUCACCUGCCUGUAAGUCUAGCUCAAGGAAAGAUCACAGUGGUGCAAAGUGGUUGGAAUGCACUCAUAACAACAGACUUUGGCUUAGAGGUGAAAUAUGACUGGAACAUGAUGCUAUACAUAACAGUGCCCAGCACCUACUUUGGGUCACUCGGCGGACUUUGUGGAAACUACAAUGGAGACUGGACAGAUGAGCAGUCUGACCCCAAAGGAACGAAACUUUCCACUGUGUUAGAGUUUGCCAAGAGCUGGAAAGUUUUAGACAAUGACUUGUUCUGCCGUGAUGACUGUGAGGGCAAAUGCCUCCUCUGCUCACCUGAGCUUAAAGAAAAAUAUGGUGACAACAAUUACUGUGGUCUUAUGGCAAAAACAACUGGGCCAUUUGCCAACUGCCACAAGACUAUUGACCCAAGUGUAUACAUAGACAAUUGUGUCUAUGAUGUGUGCAUCAAUAAAGGCGUUAGAAGUUUCCUUUGUGAAAACAUGCAGAUCUAUGCUGAGGCUUGCAUGGCAGCUGGGGUGAAGAUAGAGUCCAACUGGAGGAUGCUGUCUGAGUGCCCACUGCAAUGCCCAGUAAACAGUCACUAUGAGCCUUGUGGAACUGCAUGUGCAGCCUCUUGUGCAGAUCAAGAUGCACCAAAGACAUGUGAUAAGCCUUGUGUGGAGGGCUGCCAGUGCAAUAAUGGUUUUGUCCUUAGUGGAGACAAAUGUGUUGCACUGGCACAAUGCGGCUGUACCUACAUGGACCGUUAUUACCCUCCUGCUGAGACAUUCUGGGGAGACCAGACAUGCACUAAGAAAUGUUCCUGCAGUUCAGGACAGGUCAAAUGUACACCCACAAAGUGCAAGGCUUCUGAAGAGUGUAAAAUCCAGAAUGGUGUGAGGGAUUGCUACCCGCAAUCCUACGGGCAUUGCAUAGGCAGUGGAGAUCCCCACUAUUUAACAUUCGAUGGGAGGCGUUUUGAUUUCCAGGGUACUUGCACAUAUUACCUUUCUAAACUGGUCAACACAUCUGACACUUCACUGGUGCCCUUUGAGGUUCUUGUCAAGAAUGAAAACAGAGGACUGAAUAAGGUUGUUUCCUUCACCAAGACUGUGGAAAUCAAAAUCUUUGGCUACACCAUUAUCAUGAGUAAAGACAAUUAUGGUAAAGUGAUGGUCAACAACCUUUUUGUAAAUUUGCCAUUUGAGAAAGAGGGUGGUCAACUAUCCAUAUUCCGCAGUGGUUACUUUGGAGUGGUUAAAACAGACUUUGGAAUGAAUGUGAGAUUUAACUGGGAUAGCUACGUUGAAAUCACUCUCCCUAGCACAUACAGUAACCAGGUAGGAGGUCUCUGUGGUAACUGGAAUCUGAAUGUAAAUGACGACCUGAUGUUCCCAAACAAAAGCAUAACAACAAACCCUACUGCAUUCGGAAAUGGCUGGAAAGCCAGAAAUGACCCUGGUUGCUCGGUAGAGUGCCAAGGCCAGAAAUGUCCCAAAUGUGAUGCUGUAGACAGGAAUAAGGAUGCUUUCACAAAACCUUGUAGCCUGAUUACAGAUUUAAAAGGCCCAUUUAAAGCAUGUCAUAGCCAAAUCAAUCCCACCAAGUUCUACGAAGACUGCGUGUAUGACAUGUGUAUGUACGGUGGUCAUUCUACAGCCCUUUGCAGCGCACUUACAGCCUACACGACUGCAUGCCAGACAGCACACAGCAUUGUGGAGCAAUGGAGAACUAAUAGUUUCUGUCCUGCAUCCUGCAGAGCUAACAGCCACUAUGAUGUGUGUGGUGCUGGAUGUCCUCAGACUUGCAAUGGUUUCACUGAGCCUACGGCUUGCCAGCGUGCACCAUGCAUCGAAGGCUGUGUGUGUGAUGUCGGAUUUGUCCUGAGCAAUGGCGAGUGCGUGGCAAUGGAUCAAUGUGGCUGUUCAUAUGAAAGCCAGUACUAUAAGCUGGGCCAAGUCUUUUACCCCAAAGGCAAGUGCAGCCAGGUGUGUGUCUGCCAGGAACAAGGAAAGGUCACAUGUAAAGACGAUUUCUCCUGUGGUCCUAAUGAGCAGUGUGAUAUCCGUGAUGGGGUUCAAUCCUGCCAUCCUGAUGGCACAGGAUCUUGCUCUGUCUCUGGUUCUGGGACCUACUAUUCAUAUGAUGGGAACCAUAUCAGUGUGCCAGGGAACUGUGUGUACAAACUGGUGGAAACAGUCAAGACUGUGGCUCAGAAUAAGAUGCCUUUCAGUGUGACAGUGCAGCAAAUAUCUUCUACCAUAAUGGUCAAAAGAAGAAUCGACAUAGUUGUAAACCAAUAUAAGAUUGCCCUGAUUCCUGAUCUUCAGUGGGAAAUAAGGGUGGAUGAGGUUAAAGCUCUUCUCCCAGUAACACUUCAAGAAAGACUGAUCAAGGUUUAUCAGAGUGGUGCGACCAUUAUCUUGGAAACCUCUUUUGGAUUAAAGGUGACCUAUGACACUGUGUCACUAGCCACAGUUGAAAUCCCAUCCACUUACAAAAAUGCUGUCCAAGGUCUCUGUGGUAAUUAUAAUGAUAACAAGGCAGAUGACUUCCGAAUGCCAGAUGGUAAUCAGGCCACCUCUGCCGAGACAUUUGUUGAAGCUUGGCUAGUGAUUCAGGAAGGAGUGACCUGUCACACAGGGUGUCCACCAGGCUCCACUUGUCCAGGGUCUGGAACGGGAGCCCCACCAAAUGAAAACAAUGCUUGUAAGAUUCUAACUAUGGAGAAAGGCCCAUUCUCUAAUUGUUAUUCCAAAAUUCCACCGUCACCAUUCUAUGAUACAUGUAUAAAGGAUGUCAGUUCACAGCCAGAGGAUAAAACACUUGUUUGCCGCCAUGUCCAAAACUAUGUAGUCCGUUGCCAACAAGCUGGCAUCUCUGUCAGCAGCUGGAGGAAUUCAACCUUCUGUCCAAUGACCUGUCCUCUAAAAAGUCACUAUGAACUAUGUGCGGACACCUGCACAUCAACUUGUGCCAGCCUUACCGUUGCACCUAAUUGUCCGGAGUGUCUUGAAGGCUGCCAGUGUGACGAAGGCUUUGUCUUUGAUGGAGGCGAAUGUAAGCUUGUCAGUGAUUGUGGUUGUUUGGUGGAAGGAAGAUAUUACAAGUCUGGGGAGUCAGUAGUCAGAGGGGACUGUAUAGAGAGAUGCACCUGUAAGGCUGGACAGUUCUCAUGUGAGUCCAUGAACUGUAAGGAAGAUGAGGUCUGUCGCAAACCAGGCGGUAUUCCAACAUGCGUACGAGAUCCCUGCAGCAAGAAAAUAUGUCGUGAGAAGGAGAAAUGUGUGGAGAGAGACAAUGAAGCAGUGUGUGUGGCCACCUCUAAGGCCACAUGCAGAGUUUUUGGAGAUCCUAACUAUGAAACCUUCGAUAGAAACAGGUUUUCUUUUCAAGGCACCUGCUCUUACAUUAUGGUAAAAACGUCGGGUGAAGACAAAAGCCUCACGGAAUUCGUCAUCAUUAACAAGAACGAACACAGCACACGUGGCUCUUAUGUAAAGACAGUCUCUGUGAAGUUCUCAGGCCAUGAAAUCAUCAUUAUACAACACAACCUCAACAAAGUGAUAAUUGAUGGGAAUGAAUCCAUCCUGCCUGUGAGUCUGGACUCAGACCGUAUCCGGAUAACGCAGUCAGGAAUAAGAGGAACCCUGUCAACAGACUUUGGUUUGGAGGUCACAUUUGACUGGGGCGAGUUAGUCAGGGUGACCGUGUCCAGUAGCUACUAUAAAAACCUAGUGGGCAUGUGCGGAACCUAUAACGACAACCGUGAUGAUGACUUUGUCACACCAACAGGCAAUGUUGCCAAAGACAACACAGAAUGGGGGCAGUCAUGGAGCGUUCCGGACAAGGACCCCAAGUGCUGGCACUUCCCGUCAUGCUCUGAAGAGGAGUUGCGCCAGUAUAGAGGCCCCAAGUUCUGUGGCAUGCUAGAAGACAAAACUGGGCCUUUUGCUAGCUGCAACAAUACAGUUAAAAUGGGGCAGUUUACAUACAACUGUCUCUUUUAUACAUGUCUCACUCACGGAAACCAUGAUGACUACUGCAAAGUCAUGAAUUCUUAUGCAAACAACUGCAAGUGGGCAAACACGGAUGUGUCAGCGCAGUGGAGGGAGAUUGCCAACUGCAAGCUGAUCCAGUAGUCAAGAGGAGCGAACCAGUGUCUGAUAAUGUUCACCUGUGAACCAGAAUCAAUAAAUUUUUCUUCUAUAUUUUCUUCCUACAGAUAUUACUGCUGGGUGAUUGUUUUAGCUACUCUGAUUAAUUAAUUCAUCGAUUAAUAAUGAAUCAGUGUAAUCUAGUCCAUGAACCUAAUUAAUUAAUCAUAGAAUCACAUACUUGCUUUUUCUUUUUUUCUUUAAUGAAUUUUGGCAAGAUUUCAAGAUAUAAAAUGAAUCAAAUAAAAAAGAAAUAAUAUCUUAAACAUUUGUUCAUUGCAUGGUUUUGCAGCCUCACAGCUCCAGGGUUUGAUCCUCUGCUGAGGUGACUUAUUUAGUUUCCCAUGUGUCUAGGUUUCCUUCAGUGUCCAGAGGGAGAUGGAUUGGCUACACUAAAUUGCCUCAAGUGUGUGUAGUGUGUGAUGGUCAGUGACGUGCAUUCCUGCAUUGCACCAGGUGUUCCUUGACCAGUAUUUAAUAAUGACAAUAAAAAUAUCAAAAC